AUGAGUUGGAACUCAGACGAUCGAUGGCAAGAUUCAAGCAGUUCAUCCGCAGCCUCAGGAUUUGAUACAAGUGCAACAAGUGGUCUUGAUUUUCCUGUAUUGCCUACGAUCCCGUCUGGUAGCAUUGACAUUGGUGCUAUUGCUCCUGUCUUUGGUGUGGCGUCAUACGAUGAUGAUGCUGAUUAUUUGGAUUACGACAAAGCUGGACGACCUUUUAUGGAACAAAUGAGUGGCUCAUGUGGUACUGCCUAUUUCUCAGGCAUUCUCGGUGGUGGCACGUACGGAGCAGUGCGAGGUUUUACGUCCUCACCUAGCACUAAAUUUAAAAUCAGGAUGAACUCACUCAUGAAUGGUGCUGCUACACGAGGUUCUAAGGUCGGCAAUGCACUUGGAUGUUUGGCUAUGAUUUACAAGGCUUUUGAGUACGUCGCGGACUCUGCUGAGAUUGAAAACAUUGUCAAGUUUGAUCAGGUUACGCCUAUUUUGGCAUCAGCAGCUACUGGUGUGUUUUACAAAUCAACAGCUGGCCCAAAGGCCAUGGUGCUGGCUGGCGCACUUGGCGCUGGACUCAUGACGGUGGUGCAGCUUGGUAUCAAGCCGUUUUAUCCGCGACUAUAG